AGUGUUUUAUGGUGCCAGGUGUGUGAAGUUUGUUUGCGUCGUUUAUCUGCUCAGCUGUUGCGAUUUGUAUCUUGUGCUAAGAGCAAGAAUGACUUUGUUAUGAGUGGUAUGAGAUGUCACUAUGCAGAAAGAUUAAAGACAAUAGUUGUGUUGUGAUAAUCUUUUACCCACAUUUCUGUGGUAUUCCAGCUAAAAAGAUUUGGGGGGGGGGGGCAAGCCAAGAUUGGCCAGGCCCAACUCAACAUCGGGGGGCCAGGGCCCUCACAAAAGAAUACAAAUCAACACCUGUGCUGAGCCCUGCAUGUUCUGGGUUUUACAUGGUAUGACUGACUGUAUCGGCUGUGAUACACAAUAUAGAACAAAUCUUGAGUGAGUUGUUUUGUCCAGAGAAAAUACCAAGCGAAGCUAGUUGCAUGCACCCUGAACCAGACAGUGCUGGCCUGUCUGGUGCUUGUGCCUGAAACCCCAAAGAAACUGAGAGUCCAAUCCGGGGAUCUCAUUAACCUGGAACCCUACAGCAUCCUUCAUCUACCCUUUGGAAUCAGGCACACAUCUGCCCUGGAGCCCCAACCCCAGUAAUACCUUCGUCAGGGUCUUCUGUUCAUCCCUAUGCCCACUGUAGCUCUGCAGACAUGAGUCUUCUAGGGAAACGUGCCGCUGCUGGCCGAAAGCUAUGCAGUCUUGUAUUCACGGGUUGCCAGGAAAUGCUCGUCAGGCAACUGAGGACGACUGUGCCAGUUUUUAAAUUCUGGGAGAGAGAUAUCAAAGCAGAAUAUGGAAGGGAGAGGAAGACACUUCCUGACAAACAGAUGGUAGUUGAUGGAUUGAAAGAACUGAAACAUGAAGUGGGUGUGUGGAAAGACGAAUUCUGGAACAAAUUCACCAAGGAGCCCCUCUUUCUCGUGCGACCAGGCGAGGUGGACACGGUGUUCCAGCUGAACAGCGAGGCGGCGCUGGAGCGCUGGAUCGUCACGGCCGACCGCGACAACAGCGACGGCCAGAGCCAGGGCGAACUGGUGCUCGGCCGACACGGCAAGGCCGUGCUGCGCGGCACGCUCGACACGACCCCGCCGAAGGACGGCAGCAAGCAGCGCGCCGGCUACUGCAACAUGCGCUGUCUGCGACCGCAGAAGUCUUUCAAGCGGGACGGCUUCUUCGACUGGUCGGCGUACACGCACGUGGUACUGCGCGUGCGUGGUGACGGGCGCUCCUACAUGCUGAACCUGGCCUCCAUGGGCUACUUCGACCUCAUGUGGAACGACAUGUACUCGUUCCCGCUGUACACGCGCGGCGGGCCGUACUGGCAGGUGUCUCGGAUCCCGUUCUCCAAGUUUUUCCUGUCGAGCAAGGGACGAAUCCAGGACAAGCAGUGCCCACUGAUGCAGGACCGGAUCACCAGCAUCGGCAUCACGGCCGCCGGCGUGAGCGGCCCUUUCCAGCUGGAGAUCGACUACAUCGGGCUCGAGAUGGACCCCAAGCACGACGAGGAGUUUGCCUACGAGAUGUACAAGACGCCGUCCUUCAUCGCCGGCGUGUAGCCGCCUGGCCGCCGGACGACCGGCGUCGCUGUAUUGCGAGGCGCGUCCGCGCCGGCGGCCGUCGCCGUGCUGGUCAAACCGGCGCCAGUGCGGUCGGCGGCGGCGUCGGCUGGCGGUGCGGCCCGUCUGCCAUCUCAGGGGAGCGCUGCGGCUCGGCCGGGCCCGCCGCGGGCGCGCAGCCUCGAUCGCUCGACCGGUAUUGGAACUGGUGCGGGCGUGUGUGCCGCGUGCUUGACCUCAUUGUGAUAGGAGACCUGGGCCGACUGCGCCCCGCUCCCUGCCGAGACUAGCCGUUGUUGUGGAUGUGGCGUGUUGUGCUCGUGCCGAGCUGAUGUUGGCUCUGCGCCGACUGCGCCCCGCUCCCUGCCGAGACUAGCCGUUGUUGUGGAUGUGCCGUGUUGCGCUCGUGCCAAGCUGACCUGGGCUCUGGUUUUCGGGCGAGGCGUGACGCCGCGGGUCUGGCCGCUGCGCGCGCCGAACAUGUCAACAGCACGUCACCCAACUGCAGCCGCCGUAGCAACGAAUAGAUGCGAGUGAUUCA